GCGGUAGAACUCGCAAAGAUGAGACUCCAACGCACCUUGAAGUACACUACCUCUUUGGCUAUAGCCAUUCUGACGACUGGAAUAUUCGCUGAUCUUGUAAAGGAAGACUGUUUAAAACUAAUUCGUCAUGAGAGUGGCCAUUGCUGCAUGCCGAAUAGUAAUUCAUCUAUUGUAGAACGAAAUCUGAAAUGCUAUGAUAUCAUAAUAAAAACAAAAGUUUCAUCAUCUGAGGAAUUACAGGAUGUGUUGCAAUGUUUCAUGAGACACUUAUCGUCAGUUGUUUCAGGGCUGAGACAAGAAAACAAAGUUAUUUAUAAAAAAGUUCUACCAAGAAUAAAAAAAGGCUUAAAACCAGGUUUUUUGGAUUUUCCAGACAGUGAGAAGAGACAUUGUUAUUCUGAGGCUUAUUAUAUAAUGGAAACUUUUGAAUGCAAGAGUAAUACAGAACAAAUUUCCGUUUGUUUAGACCUUGAUGAUAUUGAGGUUAGUAUAUUUAAAUUAUCAGAAUAAAAACCAUUUUAGUAGUUAUUCAUGAUAAUAUUUAUUUCAUAAUUAAAUAGUAUGUUGUUACGUUCCUCUUUCCCUCCAAAAUCAAACGAGUUUCUUUUUUCAAUAUAUUAUUUAUUUUAACACAUAACAUAAAUUCAACAUUAAAUAACUAUAAUCUACACUAAUUUACUAAUUGCUAACUACAGUUAAAUAUAAUUUAAAAUAGUUUUAUAA